GGCCUGCUUGCUGCACCUCCGUCACAACCCCCCCUAAACCCACCAGAAAAGCAAACCCCAAGGCUUCGGGCCUGGCUGGCCGGUUUGCAACAGCGAACGAAUCAAAUCGUGGGCAUGACCGUCCGCAGCGGCCGGGACGCCAGAAUUACUUUCAAUCUGAAUCCUAAUCCACCUCAAUCCAUCCUCGCACCCCCCCGGCCUCCUUACGUACAGUACGCCCGCCCUGUCCCUUGGCAGUGCGCCUAGCACAGGGUGGCCCUUCAAAUGGCCCUGACAUCGAGCUCAUCGACGUCGCAAGCUUCCUCUUGCCCUCCUUCUCCUCCUCCUCAACGAUACUAUCAUACAUCGCCCCCUUCCCUCAGCGACGACUUGUACGGAAAACCGACGCCCAUCAGAACGCCCUCGAAAUCCUUCAGCAGCAGGGCCAACAGCACGGAGCUAGACGACCGUGCGGCCGUCACCACGGUCCGCAAGCCACCCCAAGCGCAUCGAGAAGGGGACACGAAGCCCUCUGGCCCGUACAAUUUUGCUAGUCGCCGAACGGACCAUUGCGACAGCGACGACGAGUGCGACGAGCACGACCGCGCAGAGGACGACGCCCUCGUGCUGGAGGACCCUGUCGCCGGCAUGUCAAGCUGGGCCGGCCAGCCCUCCAUCAGGGGGAGCUCCGAGGCCAUGCGGAUGGUUCUUUUAACGUUCAACACCCUUGGUAUCACCUUCACAUGGGGGAUUGAGAUGACAUACUGUACUCCCUACCUCCUCAACCUCGGCCUUACGAAGAGCAAUACCUCGCUGGUGUGGAUCGCGGGGCCGCUGUCUGGGCUGUUGGUGCAGCCCAUCGUCGGCGCCAUCGCCGACGAGUCCAAGUCGAAAUGGGGCAGGCGGCGACCCUUCAUCGUUAUGGGUUCCAUCAUUGUCGCCUUCAGCUUACUGACGCUAGGGUUCACCAAGGAGAUCGUGGCGCUCUUCGUAACGGACAAGGAGACCGCCCGGGUCUUGACCAUCACCCUCGCAGUCCUGGCGAUUUACGUCGUCGACUUUGCCAUCAACGCCGUCAUGUCUUGCGCGAGGAGCCUAAUCGUCGACACGCUGCCGAUCGAGAAGCAGCAGACCGGCGCCGCAUGGUCUAGUAGGAUGUCCGCCAUUGGACACAUGUUGGGCUAUGGAGCCGGCGCCGUCGACCUGGUCGGCACCUUUGGCACGACCAUGGGCGACUCACAGUUCAAGCAGCUCACCCUGAUGGCGACCUUCCUCAUGGUCUUCUCCUCGGGCGUCACCUGCUGGGCCGUCACCGAGCGGGUCCUGGUCUCGACGAGGCACGACCCCCGCAGAGCCACAGGCCGGUUCAAGGUGUUCCGCCAGAUUUGGUCGACGCUACUCCAUCUCCCGCCUCGGAUCCAGGCUAUCUGCUGGGCCCAGUUCUGGUCCUGGAUCGGCUGGUUCCCGUUCCUGUUCUAUAGCACCACGUGGGUUGGCGAGACGUACUUCCGCUACGAUGCUCCCGCCGAGGGGAAAGACUCCAAAGGCGCCCUCGGAGACAUCGGUCGCAUCGGCAGCUUGGCGCUCGUCAUUUACUCGACCAUCACCUUCCUCGGCGCCUGGCUCCUCCCCCUCGUCGUGAAGUCGCCCGACGAUGACAACUUCACGGCGCGUCCGCCGCAGGCUAUCGCCCCGUUCCUGGAUAGGUUCAACAAGAACAAGCCGGACCUCAUGACGGCCUGGAUCUGCGGCCACCUCAUGUUCGCGGCGGCCAUGUUCCUGGCCCCCUUCGCCCAGAGCUUCCGCUUCGCAACGUUCCUCGUUGCCUUCUGCGGCCUGUCCUGGACCAUCGCCAUGUGGGCACCUACGGCCUUCCUCGGUGUUGAGGUCAACAAGCUGAGCGGCGCCCGCGAGGGCGGCCCGGCAUCGUACCGCCGCCUCUCCCACGAGUCCAACAUCGAGCUCCCGACACUGGGCCAGGACCAGCCGCUGCAUCUUGAGCACGGGCCGGACGAGGGCGGCGAGCCGACGACGUCGUCGACGGGCGAGCUCUCGGGCAUCUACUUUGGCAUCCUUAACAUCUACACCACGCUACCGCAGUUCAUCGGCACCUUCAUCAGCACCAUCGUCUUCACCAUUCUGGAGCCCGGCAAGAGCCCGGAGCUCUCGGACGCGCCUGAGGAAGAGCACCACAGCACCGACGGCCCCAACGCUAUCGCCGUUUGUCUCUUCAUCGGUGCCAUGUGCGCCGUGGUGGCGGCGUUCGUAACACGGAAGUUAAAAUAUUUAUGACAUGAUUCAGAGGUCGGGACCAGUAGUAGCGGUAGUAGUCGAGCACUGCUGUACGAGCGGCACGUGGGCAUAAAUCGGCGUUCCGGGAGAGGGAGGAAGGGGGCGCACCUUAUUUGAGGUUUGUACGUUCAUGAAAAUGACUUGCCAUGGUUUUGCUUGGGUUAGGAGUUUGUGGAAAUGCUACAGGGCUGCGUGUGGCCGCGGCCGGUUUCUGCUAGACGCACAAGUCAUUUCUCAACACGUCACCAUUUUCAGAUGGAAG